AUGAGUCCAUCUAUACUCAAUAAUUUCAUUCUCCUAAUCAUCACUCUCCUCUUCGCCCCCUUGUCUCAUGGAUUUACAGCCAGAUUUGAAAUCAACGAGGGUGCACCCGUUGAAAGCCAUGUUGGCUCGUUGGCAUCUCAUGGUCAUUCUAUUAGUGGAAGUUUGAUGUACAAUAAAGUUUCCAAUCCAAAAGAUGGAUCGAAAUACUUCAACGUGGAUAAGUUCUCCGGUCGCAUUAGUGUUGCUGCAGACCUAGACAGAGAAACAAUUUGUGCUCCUCCAACUCAUAAAUCUGAUGAUGAAUGUGUAUUAAGGUUCAGUGUCACUUGCUUAAGAGUUAUUGGCGGGAGAGUCGAAGCUUUAGCUGACGUAGCUGUCACAGUACGUGAUGUCAAUGACAAUGGGUGUGAAUUCAUUCCUUCUGGUGAACAAACUAUUCAGUUAAGGGAAGACGCCGCUGUUGAUAAAACCCAAAUUAGACUCUACACUCCUCAGGAUCCAGACAGUGCACGUCUGGGUCACUCAAUUCAAUGGAAUCAGGUGAGAUUAGAAGAUCCGACAGCAACUUUUCAACUUCAUGUCGUUCACUCAUCUUCUGCUGCAAGCAAUUCCCGAAAUUCCUUUUCCAUGGGUUACCGCCAACAAGAUGCUCAAUUACUCCUUGGUCUCUUACGUCCACUUGACUAUGAAACUACUAAACAUUAUCGUCUUUCUAUUGUGGCUGGAGAUGGGCUCCAUGAAUGUCAACUGGCUAUUCGAAUUGAAAUCGAAGACGCUGAUGAUAACUUUCCAAUAUUUGAGAAGACCGUCUACAACGUGACUGUCCCAGAAAAUCUCUCCUUGAAUGAAAAGAUUGUGGUUGUCAAAGCCCACGAUGCUGAUGCAGGGGAAUUCGGAAAGGUUUUCUAUUCUCUUGAUCCAUUUUUUACGGAUCCUGCAACAUUGAGCAUGUUCCAUGUUGAUCAAGAGAGUGGAGCAAUAUUCCGAAGAAGUAAACUGCAUUAUCAGGACUCCCCACAAUAUCAACUGACUGUAAAAGCAAGCAACAGUGACCAACCGUCCAUAACACCGUCUAACGCCUACAACAAUGGUCAACCGAGUUAUUUAACUAAAGUUUUUAUUACCCUAGAAGAUGUAAAUGAUCAUGAACCGGUAAUAACGAUUUUUUCCCCUACCGGAUCAAAGAAGUUAACCCUAACAGAGAAUCUGCCUGGAGGUCAGGAUGUCGCUAUUUUAAGCGUGGAGGAUAAAGAUACCGGAGUGAAUGCUAUCGUUGAAUGCCAGUUGAAGUCUCAAUCGAUUCGUGGCGCCCUUUCUCUUCGACUAAUGAACUCUGAUCUGGAAUCUUUCGAAGACCCUACAAGGCUGGCACAAAAUAGGAAAUACAAACUCCUGGCUACCAGAUCAUUUGACAGAGAACAACAUCCAGAAAUUCAUUUCACCAUCGAGUGUUGGGAUGGAGGAAAGCCGGUUAUGAGAUCGAUACAAAAGGAAACUAUUCACAUUCUAGAUGUGAACGAUUGUGCUCCAACUUUUGAAAAUGAUACCCAUCAUUUUCGAGCCUAUGAAGAUCCAAAUCCUAGCACAGCGGGACUUGUCAUGAAUGGUCCACACACUGAAAAAAUUGGCCAGGUCAAAGCUCGUGAUGAAGAUAUUGGUCAGAAUGCUAAACUGAAAUAUAACUUCUCUCCAGAAUGUCCGGAAAGCUUUCUAGAGUUGGUUCAACUAGAUGAAGAAACCGGAGUUCUCCAUUCCACUGGAAAUUUGGAUCGGGAGAAAAUAGCCUCACUUGGAUGCAAAGUGAUUGUCAGUGACAUGGGAAUACCACCCUUAUCAAGCCAAACUGAAAUUGAGAUUGAAGUCUUAGAUUUAAACGAUAAUGCUCCCCAGUUUGAGCUCAGCGAGUAUAAUUUCCAAGUUGAGGAAAAUUCUCAUUCUGGAACUUUGGUGGGAAUUGUUCGGGUCUUCGAUGCUGAUCUUGGACCAAAUUCUAAGCUAGAAUUCAGUUUAGAGGGCGUUCAACUUGCCACUUGGUCAAAGGAAACAGACGUGGAAAGCCUCUUUUCCAGCGUUCGUCCAAGUAGGGAGAAACCUAGUAGUCAACAUUUGAAUUUGCUGCGAUUCGAAGCUCUAUCAGUGAGAAAACACCUUCCAACUGGUGGACCAUUUUCUCGAAACUUCACCUCGAAUGGAAAUGGAGGAAGCGGAAGUGCAUAUGAAGUUCGAAUUUACACUGCAGCUCCAAUCGAUAGGGAAUCUCUAGCCAACUCACUCGGUGGAAGUUUAUCUUUACUCAAUAACUCCUCCGAUUUCGUCGUUCUACGAUUUAUUCUUCGGGCUCAAGAUUCAGGAUCUCCUAGACUUGUCGGACGAGUUCCAAUCAAUCUGCGAGUCACUGAUGUCAAUGAUAACUCUCCGAUCUUCAUUUUCCCACCAAUGGAUUCCAUGAAUGUUACGGAAGUUAGACUGUCAAUUCGAGAACCAGUUGGAUUCCAGUUCACAAAAGUGAGUGCAUAUAUCUUCCACGUUGAUUUUCGUAUUAUUAAAAAUUUUAGUACCCUAUAUUAG